CCCAACGUCAAGUAAUCAUCAUGAUUCAGAAUCCAGGCGUUGGGCUGCCUUUCGACUUUCUCAGCUAACCGACCACUUUCUCGCUCACUCGACAACACCCCUGUGUCAUGCCGGAACUACCUCCGCUGGCACCCGUCCCUCCUCCCGAGGUGCAGAGCACCGUCCCACCUGGAGAGUGGGAGCUCUAUAUAGAUGCAUGCAUCCUGCUCCUUGGGGUGCGCAUCGAGGCCCCUGGCUCGCAGUUCAAGCAACAUGCUUCCGGAGAUGAGUCCGCAGUGGCCUUCUUGACCUCCUUCUAUCUGCAAUCUGCCAAAUCGGGGUCAUCCGGCGUCCAUGCUGGACCGAAAGCACGAACCUUACGGAAGCUCUGCUUCUUGUUAACGAGGCGGUUCCUCCUUGAAGCGUCUCCGGUACCACCAGAACUCCUGGAAUGGAGCGUUUGGGCCAACAUGUGCACCUGCUAUCCCUCAAGCUCCGCCUUGAAGAGACUCCUGUCUGAUGCCUGGGACAAGCAUCAAGAUGCGAUAACGGCCAGCCUGGAGAAGACCAAGGCUAAAAUCAUCAGAGAGCUGGCCUUGCUCCAUCCUAGCAAGCUCACUGCUGUUCUCUUUGACGUCCGACUCUUGACCAUCCUGGCAUCUGCGCUGCCCGGUUGCGGCCAGGUGCUCAUGGCCGGUUCUGACUUUCUGGACACCUUCUCGGAUGCAUAUCAAACGCAUAAGAGAGAAGACAUCCGUAGCGUCCUCGUCGCGAAUGUCUAUGUCGGCCUGGCAUCGCUACUCAAGGGCACCAAGCCGAACCUCUCCUCACUGCUGGACCAGCUAUACAGCCUGAAAUCUAGCGCCGGCAUCGGCACAUCAACGACCAAGAAGGAGCCCACCCUCCUGUCCGACGUAGUCUGCAGUACAGAUCUCCUGGUCCGUUUAGACAGAUAUCUUAGCGCCAAUCCCCAGAAACGGGGCCAAGACCUCGUCUCCAGUCUCCGGGCAUACCAAGAAGAAUCCAAGCUCUUCCACCGUCGACAUCAGAAACAGAAGAAGCGAAUCGACAAGGGCAAAGGUCGCGCUACGGACCUCCCGCCAUCUGAAGAUCUUCAUAUCCACAGGAUGUCCCUGAUCACCCAAGUCCAAGACCUCUUCCCCGACCUUGGCUCCGGCUACAUCACCCGGCUCCUAGACCACUACAACGACAACCCAGAAACCAUAGUGGCCCAUCUCCUCGACGACUCCAUUCCCCCCGAACUUCAGGACCUAAACAAGUCCGAGCAACUCCCCACCACCCCCUCAACCCUCCCUCACGACCCCCUCCCGCCACGCCCAACACCCCCCUCCAUCCCCUCCCCUCCAACUCGCAAAAACGUCUUCGACAAUGACGUCGACCUCGCCGAACUGGCCCUCACUGACCCUCAAUCCCUUCAUCUCGGCCGUGCCAACGCGGACCUAACCGCCGACGCCGUCCUGGCCGACCGCACCAACCACACAGCCAACAAAGCCGCCAUCAUGUCCGCCCUCGCAACCUUCGACUCCGACGACGACGAACGCGACGACACCUACGAUAUCGCCGACGUAGGCGGAACCGUCGAUGCCACCGACGACACAGAUCCCCGCACCACCACCGACCCCAACGAAACCGAAAUGACACUCUACCGCGCAUACAAGUCCAACCCGGCCCUGUUCGCGCGCGACUCCACCACCCGCCGCUCCCAGCCCCGUGCAUCCCUCAAACGCGACACCGGAAUGACCGACGAAGCCAUCGAAGGCUGGGCCGUCAUGCUCACCCGCGACCCGAAACGCCUCGCCAAGCUCGAGGACAAGAUGUCCCUCUCCGCAGGCGGUCCCGAUGGCAUCCUCAAUCAACCGGAUCUACCCCCCACAGCGUACCGCAAGCCAGGACCCAACGACUCCCAGAGCGACACGGAAGACCAACAGUCGAGUUCAAGGGGAAGGGGCGGAGGCCGGGGCCGUGGUCGAGGCGGAAGACGUGGCGGCGGCGGCGGUGGUGGUGGACGUGGAGGGGGCAGUAACCCCAGCGGCGGCCAGCAGCAGAACAAUCCUGCUGUUGCGCGUCAACGAAAGGAGGAGAAUAAAGCCAGUCGGGCGAACCAUAAUCGUCGACAACAGCGAGCGAAGAAGGUAGCUAGGGCCGGAGGGUUGGUGGGAUAGAGCUGAGCUGAGCUGAGCUGAGCUGAGCUAGACAUUGGAUGAAUUGGGAUAAAGGGAGAACCAUCCAAUGCAGUACUACUAUUUCUGG